UGAAUUAUAAUACCUUGCCUGAUCACUACAAUUCAAAAAGGUGUUUGUUUGUUUUUUUUAUCAAGGGGAUUUUUGAAAUGACAGAAUCUUGGGAUUAAUCAUGCUCAGAAGUAUUCAAAGCGGAUUUGGAAUAUUUUGAGUUAUUAUGAGAGAUUAUGCGAGUGCAUUAAGUAUCAUUGUUGCAGGUAUUAAUAGAUUGUUAUCAGACUUCGGCUGAUCAAAGUGUGCAAAAUUGAAAUGAUAAUUUAAUGCAAACCAUUGACUUGCCUGUGAUGUGGAUAAAAUGCAACGGAUUGUGCAAGGUUUAAGUAGUUAAAACUAGUGAUGAUAGAAGGUGAAUUGAAUGUGAAGGUGAAUGGAAGAUUUUAAAGGAAAACUGGUGAUAAGGUAUGAUGUGAGCUUAACAAUAUAACACCUUGUUAUUUGAUAGUUCGUAUUUGUAAGGCCGUAAUUGCUUUCACUCUAAUGGGAUGUGCAAAUGUGCAAGGUUGUCUCACAGAAGUGUGUCAACAUCACGUGGAUGUGUUAAUUAACAGACAUGUCUUAAUCUAGAAAAGAAGAGACAAUUUACUGACAAGAGACAAAUCAAGAUAUAUGGGGGAACUGAUGGUAGAAGAGCAAUUUCUUUAAUUUGAAUGCAUGUUUGCUUGACUGAAGGAUGAAAUUUGUCACCAUUGUUUAGUGACUCAUUUCUAGAAUUUGUCAUUUAUUGGACAUCGAAGUCAAAAAUACUGAAUGAAGUAAACUUGAUUUUAUUGACUGUGCAGCUUUUAUUGGAUAAUAGAGAUACAGUGUUAUGUGGUAAUGUGAAAGAGUCUAUAAAUGUAUGUAAUUUAAAUGAGUGCAGAAUCUGUGACAGACUAUAGGGAAAAUUGAUGGGGAUUUGUAAUGUAAUAACUCAGUAGUUUUAUUGGGUAUUACACGUCUUGUGAAAGGAUUGUUAAUGAAACAUCACAUACAUAACUGUGACUGAAAUAAAUUUAUUCAGACAAUGGUGUAAUGGUGAAAGGUUUGCAGACAUUAGCUGACUUAAUAGUACGUCAAAAGGAGUGUGUGGUUUUGCUAAUGAAAAGAUGCAUUUACAGAUUUAGACGACCAACUUAAAGUGCAGACAGGCAGUAUGACAGCUGUGUGAUUUGUUUGAAGGAAAUAACUAUAAAGUUUGAAAUCACAUUGUACUGAGAAAAAGAGUUUAGGAAAUAUUUAAAGUAUUUUAUCUUCCCGACUUUAACAUUUUGAUCUAAGAAAUGAAAAGAUUAAGUCGGACCUUUGGAUUUGGCCCCAAGAAGGGGGCUGAAAAAGUCCAAAAGAAUAAAGGAGAUGGGAAACCAAAUGAAGACGAAAUCGCCAUUGAAAAUGGGGAUGUACCUUCACAAGGAAUUAAUGUACAAAGUAGUGAAAUUAACACUGACAAUGAAAACAUUGGGGCCAAAGUUUUUGACAUUGGGAUUGAUGAUAAAACAUUUGCCCAAUGUACCAGCAUGAAAGGAGAAAGCAAUGACAGUGGAAGCAUUAAACAAGUAGAUGUAUCAAAGAAUGAUGAGAGAAAUGCUGAUCAAGCAAGGCCCAAGUAUGUUGUUCACGAUACUGUAAAGUAUGGACCUGUGAACUUGAAACGAGAUGGAAGCCUCAAGUCUGGGAAGAAUGUGGAUGUAAGUUUGGGUGCAAAUCCAGACACUCAACACAAAGAUGGCAAUAGAAAUGAUGAUGGCAUCAGAGAAAAUGUGUAUGAAGUGGUUAAAGAUACAAGUGCAGAUAUGGAUGGUAAGAAAGAUGCAAGUGGUGAAUCCGCCAACAUAGUUGAAGUCAGUAAUGAAAAUAUUCACAAACAAAGACAAACUGGAGGGAAUUCAAAACAAGAUAAGACAGAAACACAUAACAGAAAUGAUGACAAAAAUGUUCAAGACAUUAAUCAAGGUAUUGGUGACUUUAGAACAUGGCCAAUGAAGCGUAAGGUUCUGGCAACAUCUGAUAGGGGAUCUCCUAACAGUCUGAAUAUGGAUUCGCAUGAUAGCAAGCAUUAUGUGCAAAGUGUGUCAAGCGAGGAAGCCAUGUUACGGGAUAUAAGGGACCUAACUGCAGGAGUAUCAGGGAGUCAGGGUGGGGAUGAGUUUUCAGAGAUGGGGUCCUCCGUGACAACCCUUGGGUCGUCUGCAGAGGAACUUUUGAAAGCAAUGCUAAGAGCCCCUACACAGUCCAUUACCAAUGGAGACAGGACAGACAACUCUGAUGAAGGCAGCAGUAUAGGAAGGGGAGGCUACUCCAGUGCAAGAGAAAGAUCCAGAUCAAGGGAUCGUGAAAGUGCUGUUGGACGCGAGACAGAUCGUGACAGAGAACGUCCCGGGCCCAGCUCUGCAUUGCCAGAUCGUCAUGGAUAUGGGCCCAGGUCGCAGCAGACGCCACAGGACUACAGCGGCGGCGUCAUCUCCACCCAGCCUAGGUCACAGCAUGGAAAGAAAUCCAUCCCUAGACGGCACACUGUGGGAGGCUCUGGGCUUCUGAGUCAACAGGAAAUACAAAAGGAGACGGAGAGAAGUAAGGAGGCGUUUAUGGACAUGCUGGCCUCACGCUAUCCCCAGUAUGCAGAGAAAAUCAGCACCACAGCCAGCGAGGAUGGAUUUCCUCUCAGGUCGGGUCGUUCUCGUGACCAUCAUCGCCGAUCAACCACACUAGGCUACACCCAACCAGGCCGUCCCGCAGACUAUGAAGGUACAAUGUCAGAAAUGGACGGUCCCUCAUUUCAUCGCGGAGGUUUUGUUCGUUCAAGUCUGCCAGCAACGAGAAGUCCCCCGUCUGUCGAUAAACCUCCAGGUCUUGCAUUUUUGAUAUUUCGAGACGAGACCAAAAAGGCUUUAUUACCCAAUGAGAUUACGCACCUGGACACUGUGAGGGCACUGUUUGUGCGAUCGUUUCCAGGGAAACUGACAAUGUCCUUUCUGGAGUCACCCAAGAGGAAGAUCUACAUUCUGGAGCCGAGAACCAACAUUUAUUACCAGCUCGAGGACCUCAGGGAUAUUAGGGACCGAACAGUAUUACGUGUUCAUGAGUGUGAUAGCAUGGAGCCCCAAAGGGUCAAUGAGAAGCCAGAGGUCAGAGGUCGAACAGUUCAAGUACCAGCGUCAUCUGUUCAUGGUUACUAUGGUGCCGGACCUGCUUCUGCUAUCACAAGUCAGGUUCAGAAAGCGCAAACCCUGCCAGCAUAUAUGCACCAGCCCAUCUACAUGUCACAUGACGACAUCACCCAAUCACCAGCCAGAACUGCCUAUGAAAGGUCAAGGUCACUGACCCCAGACCCCGUGAGAACAGCCAGCUAUGCCCAGAACCCAAUAUACGGGCGCAUGGGCAUCUCACCCGAGCGACCACCACCCCCUUCCCAGGACAGAAUAGGCCCACCAGACCGGCAGAUUGGGUUGCGGCCGAUUCCAGAAAACGCUCAAAUGCUCAAUGGUUAUGGCGUGAAGAAUGGCAUGGGUUAUGACUACACUGACAUCUCUCAAGGGUCCCACAAGCAAUAUGUCAGACAGGCCAUGUCUCCGCCUGCAGUGUCGUCUGCGCCCAGAAUGGACACUGGACGUAGGGCAUUCUCCCCACCCCCGAACCUGCAAAAUUAUGAUUACAUACAGGUGGUCCCUGCCAGUCAGAUGGGUCCCACUUACAUGGCCAAGGGAGUGCGGGCCAGCACCAUGGUAACACCCCAGAGGGCAACAGGUGCCCCCCCUACGUCAGUGACCUCUACCGUGUCACAGGUCACCACGCCAACACUGCCACCAUCAUCUCAGGGUCAGCAGCAGACUUCAUGGCGAGAGCGUUCCCCAGUUGGGCGACCCCCAACAGCCCUUUCAACGGUACCUUACUCAACCUCUAGCAGUCAUCAUCAACAGCAACAGCAGCAGCAGCAGCGGUCACAAAGUUACAGGGUACCAAUUUCGAAUGAAAGGGAACCAGUGUCUUCUCUGCGUCCACGUAGUAUGACCCCUUCUCCCAUGGACAACUAUGAGAAUGAUUUCACAAGAAACAGAAUUGACAAGAUGGAGCAUCAGCUGGCUAACUUGGCUGCCUGGGUGCAGACCGCAGUGAUCCAUAGCAACACUGGGGCGCCCUCUAGCGUUAAAGGUCCUAGCGGGCCCUCUAGUCUUACCUCAGAACCCAGCCCUCUUGGGGCAAUGCCUGACUCUGCCAGUGGAAGGGUGGAAGGGUAUGAAAAGGAACAGCCUUUGUACCAGGGUUUAUCGGAUUUGGGUUCUGAAGGCACUGUGGCUCUAUCCCAUGACAUGAAGAUGAACAUCCUGUCCAUCAAACACCAGGCAGAUGCCCUGCGUUUGGACCUGCAUAGCCUACGUCGACUGCAACAGAUAAACAAGGAGUCCAUCAUUGAGACGGUGGAUGAUGCUUGGAAGAAAAUCAGAGAUGCAAUGUCUUCCGUUCCCGGUGCUGAAAACAUAAUCAUUCGUCAACAACGAAAUGAAGUGGACACUAUGUACCAAAUCUACCUCGAGGAUAAGCAUCUUGCUGAGAAAGAGCUCAGCGAUCUGGAGCAGGCAGUGGAGGAGCUGAGAUCUGACGUGUUGUCACGGCAAUGCCGCGUACAGAUGAGCGACGUGGAGGGGAUGGCACUGAUACUGAGUCAUGUGACCAAACAACUUGGCGAUUUGAAAGCCCGCUUUCCAAAACUUCAAGAGCGUUUGAAGCAUGUCAUGGCUGCAGAGAUGGAAGUUAUUGUUAGAGAAGAAAAAUGGCUGAAGGACGAGCCAGAACGAUUGGACAACUCGUUGAAGAAAUGCAAGAAACUCACUGGUACCUUGUUCACAUUGAAAAGGCUGGCCAGUGUUCAGGAGCACCGUCCCCCUCAGACCGUGUCGCUGUCUGCGCGGGCUCGUAUCCCCACCCUGGAGGACAAGAAGGCAGUGCUGGAGAACAUUCAGGCCAUGGUCCCCAACCACGAGGCCCGAGUUCAGGGAAUACAGGCUGCAGAAAAUGCCAGAAUGAUUAAGAAGAAGAUCACCACUCAGCAAGAGUCGCUGCGUUUUGGGAAGUCUCUAGAGCUUGCUACGAAGGCUCUGAAGCCCCAUGGUGCUCCGUCAUCCCAGCCAGUGGGGACAACUGUGUCUUCCUGUCAGCUGUUGUCCACGGCAACCAUGGGUGACACCUCAUCCAUCAUAUCAUUUGUUAUGCCAAUGUCCACUUCUACACCCAAAAGUGCUAGUCAACAAGCUACCUCGAAGCCAGAAUCGUCUGCCACCUCUCCGUCCAUUGCCUACCCAGUUAUGAGCCUCAUUAAAACUGUGUCGUCUGGUAGCGAGCAAAUGUCUGCUCGAGAUUUUCUUUACCAUGACGAUCCUCAUGCGAAGGUUCACGAACGAAGAGAGCAGAGGUUGGAUGGGAGGAGCAGUAAAGGUCUGAGUUCAGAUCCAGCAGUAUUACCGGUGACUUCAACUGAGACAACUACCCACAAGAGACAAAUUGGCAGGAAAGGAGAAAGGGCAGAAAAAGAACGUGCAAAACAAAUAGAUUUGACUACUCAGAAGACAGCAGCAAGGGCAGCAUUUUUCAGUUCACUUUCUUCACCACCGACCCCCACUACAUCAACAUCACCAAUAACAACUGGUGGAUCACUUUCGGUGGAUUCACCAACAGAAUAUGGUAAAGGAUCUAGUGCAACUGGUCCUCAGUCCAAAUCAGUUCCUAGUACAGUUCAGACUUCGAAAUCAGCUUUUUCAUCCAGUGCUGUAACCCAGCCUCAUUAUGGAGUAUCACAAAUCAGCAGCUUACCUUCAUCUGCUUUAAAACCUUCAAGUUUGCCUGUGUCUGGAUCCUCUAUAAUAUCGAGCCAAAGAUUCAGUCCAGCUUCACCGUUCUGCUAUGCCAGCACUCAGACAAGCUCUAGCCAACCGCGGACCACAUUCACCGCUAUUCCAAAACCAUAUUCACCAACGAAAUCUAGGUCAAGCCCUUUAACACCCGAGUCACCAAAGUAUCAGAUUCCUCCUAGUCAGCAGGGAUUAGUUCCUCAAGGACGACCCCAUCCAUUUUCUCUGUCUGGUGAGGACUCACAAAAGGAGUCUGAACUGUCUGGAGCCAGACCAAAAAAGUACCGCCACCCCCACCUCCCAGGAAAAGUAGUAAGCUGCCUGGAUCAGCUGUCCUUGCAGUCAAAGAGGCUACCAUCAAUGGAUCUCUGCCAAAGCCGAAGACAAAACACUCUGAUGGCCACAUAUCAAAGCCAUCAGUGACUUUCGCUUCAUCGACAAAGAGUGACUCUGAAGUUAUUCGACCUCCAAAGCAGUUCGCUAGUAAUAUUGAUUUUGACACUAAAGUGGAACGAAAAUCUAGUGUAGGGUCUUUAAAACAGUUUUCAACUCCUUUGUUAGAGAGCAAGAGAGACAAACUGGAAAUCAAAGGUGAACAACCACAAGAACCUGUCAAGAAAGUUUCUGCAAGUAAUUUAGAUUCAGAAGCUGUACCUAAAGAAAUUGAAAAGACCUUUCUGAAAUAGAAUUUGAAAGUGAAAUUUCAAAACAUGAAUCCUCGCGUAAAGUUAUUGAUGGCAAAGUAACAAAUAUAAGUGAUGAUAAAAGUGAUCAAACUCUUUGCAAAAGUUUGGGCAGUUACAGCAGUUCCAGUAGCAUUGAUUCCCAAAAAGACCUCUGGCUCAAAAGGAAGGAUGAGGUUUCUGAGGAAAGCUCUUCACUGACCCAGAGCGCUGAUGAGACCAUUAGCCAAUCAACAGAGCUGAAAUCUAGAAUUGACCAAUCAGUCUCAUUUGAUGAACAGGACGUCCAAAGAAAAAAAGUGGGACCACCACCUCCAGAAAGAAGAUCUAGUUUGACUUCAAAACCAAAAACUGAAGAGCUUUCAGAUCUUGAACAGUUUGCAGCAGAGAAGAAAACUAAAGAGAAAGUCAUUGAUAGAUUAGUGUAAAUUUGCCACCAGUUAGUUUCUAAGUAGAUUUGAAACCAAUUGUCAAAUAGGUUUAUUUUUACAUGUCAGUUAGUUCUCACUUACUGGUAGCAGAUUUUGUCGGUUUGCUCUGUACAUGUACAUGCAUUUAUGUUUAUUAGUAUUUAUCGAUUAUAAUUUAUUUGUCACCGAGUAUACUUGUUUUCACUUUGGGGUUUUUUACACAUGCUUUCUGGCAACAUCUAAUAUUGCAAAAAGCAAAAAAACGAUGCAAUGUACAUUUACUGUGCAAUAAAUCAGCAAUAAGAACAAUCAAUGAUGCUUAUAAAUUAUAAUGUUCAUGCUUGCCAAUAUUAUAAAAUUUAGCAGCAAACACUGAUGCACGUAUUGUCAAAGAGGUACUUUUUAGAAUACACUUAUGUAUUUACUCAAACAUGUCUGUCAUAUUUAUUUGCUUUGUAGUCAUGUUCUUGUAAAGUACUUUAGUAAUGUUGACAAUGUUACGAUUGUAUGCUAUUUAGCACAUUCACGCAAUUUUGUUGUAAAGUACUUAAUAUUAAAAAUGUUAAGAUUGUAUGUUAUUUAGCACACAUGUUAAAAAUGUUAAGAUUGUAUGUUAUUUAGCACAUACACAUAUGGCUAAAGCCUCUCAUAUCUGAUACUUAAUCUUGAAGAUUAAACAUACAUUUCUUAUGCAUAAUAGUAUUUGCAAAAGGAAAUCACUUGUAAAACUUGAUGGACAUCUAACAUUCAUGACUGUUACAUGUAAAGAAUCCAAAUAUAAAAAAACACUAUUUCAACCACAAUUUACCCUUUCCCACUCAGAAGCAAUGUGAAAAUGGCUUUGUAAAAACAUCAUAAAACCAGAACAGCCUGCAAGUAACUCGCAGUCUGUUCUGGUUUUAUGCUGUUUGCUGUUCAUUAGUAUCUAAAGGUUAAAAAUGAAGCCUUAAAAACUUAGAUCUAGUAAAAAAAAAGGUGUAUAAUUAAAUUUAACUCUAAGGGACUACAAAUACGUCCAAAUACGUAUCUAAGUGGUAAAGGGAUAAAGACUAGUAACAUUUGUGUAAUAUGUAUGUCAGGUGAUUGAUUGUUAAAGAUAGUUGUUGCUAAUUUAUUUCUAUUCUUGACAUUUUGCCAGAUGUGUUCAAAAGAUUUGAGGGUCUGCUGUUAACACGGAGUGACAUAUCAUUGGGAUUUUAACAUUUUGUCAUUCUUCUAUCACUUAGGUCAUUUUUACAAUUGAUAUGUGUUCCAGGUUUUGGAGCCUUUAAUAGGCUUAAUGACUAUGAGACAUAGCAUACAUCAGAGCAUGAACAUAGCAUACAUCAUAGCAUGAACCUAGCAUACAUCAUAGCAUGAACAUAGCAUACACCAGAGCAUGAACAUAGCAUACAUCAUAGCAUGAACCUAGCAUACACCAGAGCAUGAACAUAGCAUACAUCAUAGCAUGAACCUAGCAUACACCAGAGCACGAACCUAGCAUACACCAGAGCAUGAACAUAGCAUACACCAGAGCAUGAACAUAGCAUACAUCAUAGCAUGAACCUAGCAAACAUCAUAGCAUGAACAUAGCAUACAUCAUAGCAUGAACAUAGCAUACAUCAUAGCAUGAACCUAGCAUACAUCAUAGCAUGAACAUAGCAUACAUCAUAGCAUGAACAUAGUCUAGCAAAAUUGUAUGAGAUGUGAUGUGUGGUAAAAACAUUUGUAUGUCCCCCAGUCUAUACUAUCUAUCUAUCUCAUGGAGCUGCACAUUUUGAGUUGUGAAAGGUCAAGGUCAUCCUUCAAGGUCAAAGUUUAAAUUUUGCAAUAUUGAAUAUACCAACUUGAAAUUUGGCAUGCAUGCGUAUCUCAUGGAGUUGCACAUUUUGAGUGGUGAAAGGUCAAAUGUCAAGGUCAAAGUUUAAAUUUUGCAAUAUUGAAUAUAGCAACUUGAAAUUUGGCAUGCAUGUGUAUCUCAUGGAGCUGCAUAUUUUGAGUGGUGAAAGGUCAAGGUCAUCCUUCAAGGUCAAAGGUCAAAGAUAUGGGGAGGACAUAGUGUUUCACAAACACAUCUUGUUUUUAAAUAAAUCUUUCUAAUGUUAAUGUGUCUGAUUUUAUUCGUUAAAGUACUUUGAAUGCCACUGUUUGAAACCUAAAAAUAAACAACACUUUUUUCCAUUUUAAAUAAAGUAUAUAACACAUAUGGUAUUCCUUCUCAUCCCAAACAAACGAAGCUGAAGCACAAUAUUUAAAAUUAGGUAUCAAUUUCUUCUCAGUUUGUUUGGAAAGUUUUUUAUACAAAACUAUGAGUUUAACCAGGUAUUAGUGUUUUAUCCAGGUAUAUGGAGCUGCACAUUUGGAGUGGUGAAAGGUCAAGGUCAUCCUUCAAGGUCAAAUGUCAAAUAUAUGGCUUCAAAGCGGCGCAAUAGGGGGCAUUGUGUUUCUGACAAACACAUCUCUUGUUUUUUUGUUUUCAAUAUUAAAUAAUCAUAUCAAAAUUUCUUUCAUCGGGGAUUUCAAUUGAAUCCUGCAUUUUGAUGCAAGCAAGUUUCAAUUUUCUCAUUUUUGACUUCUGCCAAAAAUUAGCCGUAGAUCAUUUUGACACAUUUGUUUUCACAAUUCGAAUUGAAAAAAGGACAAGAAAUCUUUUAUGGAAAUAAUUAUAUUUGUGUGAAAUGUUUUAUUCAUUAUUAUGAUAAAUAAUAAUACAAAAUAUUACAAAACCUUACACAUGCAUUUACAUGUAGGAACAUUUCAAAUUACUUACUUCAGUAUUUUGACCAUAAUAAUUUUUUAUUUUGACCUAUCAUAAUUUUGAGACAUUGGGUCAUUUUGACUCCUGGUUUUCAAUAUCUACCGAAAUCCCUGUUGCAUCAUGCAAGUGUUAAAAUUCAUAAUUAAGGUUCAACAAAGUAUUGAACAUAACAGUCAUGUCGACAGUUGAUUAAAUAUGAACUCUCUUAACAGAAUCCAGAGAAAGGUUAUCCAAGAUUUUUUUACCUAAGAAAUUGUGUCGAUUAUUUAUUUUACAAUUCUUCAGCCAGAUUGUUUUCAGUUGUAUGAACUGGUUGCUUAUACGGAAACUUGUUAAAUUACUUAUGUAAUGCUCCUUAUUUUUAACAAUUAUACAUGUAUCUAUCCUGAACUCAAUGUUGACUUACAAGAAUAAGCUUGUAGUAAUGUGUGGAUUUUUUUUGUUUUGGCCUAAAAUGUAGAUUUUUUUAUGUAGCUUAACUAGAUAAAACAGGUUAAGAAUUUGAUCGAUUGAAAUUUCCUGUGUUUGUCUGGUUCAAUUAAUUCUCAGUAGUUUUAGUAGUUAUGUGGUUAUUUAUUGCUUUGCAUCUGUCUGUGGAUUGAAUAGUCUCUCCCUUCUGCCAAUUUCCCACAACAUCUAGAAACUGUUGUUACAAUACUCAUUUAAGUUUAUAUGCUGGUUUAUGUGGAGAAAAAGGAAGACACAUUUUGAUUUUGAGUCAAAAGGUCAAGGGCCACAGGUGCUUGAAACAUAAAAUGUGUCUCCACAGAUAUCUUGGGAAUGCAUUGAACUAGAAUUUGUAUGCUGGCUACUAUGGAGAAAAAGGAUUGGUCUCUCAACUUUGAGGUCAAUAGGUCAACUGUGUUCUCAUCACCACUUUCUUACCAUGGGAUAUCACUAGAAUGUUUAGACCUAUGAUCAUCCUCAUUAUUGUGAGGGUAGCUGUGGAUAACAGGAAGACGCCUGUUGGUUUUGAGCUCAACCUGUCAGAGGUCAAAGGUCAUGUAACAUAAAAAACGUCUGCAUCAAAUAAGCAAUUAUUUUGGUUAGUGGGAAAGGAAGUAAUGUCAAGAUUUUCCGAUAAAUGUCACAGUGGCAUACAAUAAUGAAUAUUACAAAACAUAUCUUUAACUUGGCUGCAUGUGGCAGGGAUAACAUGUUUAACAAACAUCUCUUAUUUCCAUACUACAUUUUAAGUACUUGUAGCAUAAACAUUUUUUAAAUACACAUAAUUCUGUUUCAAAACUUUCACUAACAUACUGCUUGCAAUUUUACACAUUUGGAAUACCUUCGGCAAUUGGAUGCUGAAUGUAAUCUUUUAAGUGUAAUUUGUUAGAUUGUGUACUUGUUUCGUGCUACAAACAUAUUUUUUUGUUCAACCAAAAAUAGUAUUCACAUUGAAGAAAAUGAAAAGAUGUUAUUAGCAAGGUCACGAUUUUGUUUAAUUUUAACAUCUUUCGAAGCGUGUUUUAAUUCAACCAACCUUAUGGAUGUUAUAGGUUAUUAGAUAUUUACCAGUAAUCGUCUUAACAAUGUUCUUUUUGCAAUGAUUAAUAUACAUAUAAUGAUUAUUGAAACAAUUAUGUGUUCUAUUGCUGUAUUUAUUUAUGAUUCCUUUAUAAUAAUGACCCUGUACCAUGGACAUAUGUAUUGUUGUUUGUACAUUUGCAUGCAUGCAUGAUGGGUUUUUUUCCACAAAAAGAAGAUAUUAGUUUUCGACUCGGUAUUAAAACACUGGACAAUAAAUGCAUUGAGAGUUGA